AUGGCUCACUGUGGACCAUCUUGUGCUGUUCCAUCUUGCGCUUCCGCCCCUGUCGUCGGACUGGGGUCAACUGGCUGUGGGCCAUGGGGAUACGGCUACAGAGGUCUUGGUCUCGGCUACGGUUAUGGUGGUGCUGGAUUCGCUGAAUCCGCCAGGAACUUGGGCACCCUGGCCGGAGUCAUCCCAUCCUGUAUCAACCAGAUCCCACCAUCUGAGGUGACCAUCCAGCCUCCUCCAGUUGUGGUCACCAUCCCUGGUCCUAUCCUGUCUGCCAGCUGUGAGCCUGUCGCCGUCGGAGGAAACACCCCAUGUGCCGCCGGAGGUUAUGGACGUUAUGGCGGCUACUACGGAGGCCGCCUGGGGCGUUACGGUCGCCGUGGCAGCAUCUGCUCUCUUGGGCGCAGAGGUAGCAUCUGCGGCGUCCCUUGUUAA